AUGUCGGCAGCAGGACUCAGUGAAGCGGACCAGAAAGAGCUCCAGUCCUUCCUGGACACGGAGCAAGCCAAGGCCCGCGUGCAGAACAGCGUCCACAACUUUACAGAGCUAUGUUGGGACAAGUGCAUUACAUCAUCAAUCGGGGCGCGCUUCGGACGCGGAGAAGAGGCCUGCCUGAGCAACUGCGUAGAGCGAUUCCUUGACUCUUCUCUAUACAUUGUCAAGCAAUUGGAGCAACAGCGCCACGCGCAAUGA